AUGAUCAACACUCUGCUUCCGACCGCCGGACGUUUCGGCUUCCAUUCCAAUCUCAUCUCGCCUUCUUCCCCUCCCUCCGCCUCCGCCGCGAAGAUCUUGUCACCGAGCUUGCUGGAUUUCCCCAAGCUGACGCUGAGCCCAGUGACUCUAUUGAAUCAAGACACAUUCUUCCACAAUAACGGCGCCCUGUCAGGGCUGUCACCCUGCCCCUCAUCGUCGGGGAACUGCAGCAGUACCAAUAGCUCAUCCUCGCCGUUGGAGGAGGAAGACCGGGCGAUUGCGGAAAAUGGGUUUUUUUCUGCAUCCCUUGCCGGUGUCGACCCCUAG